CGGCCCCACGCAGCCACCCUCCGCACCUGCAGCGGGGUCCAAAAACGACCCUACAAAAAUGAGCCAUUCUCACCCCGCUGGGUUACUUGCCGCAUAUAAUAGUCUUACCGACAAACACCUGACUGGAUAUUUUAACAAUACAAGGAUAAGGCGGCAUCUCUUAAGAUCAGGGCUGAUCACAAGAAAUGGAAGAAUACUUUCUGAAAAAGAAUACAAACUAAAUAUCAUGAAGAGGGAUCACCAAAAAUAUAUCCGGGAGUGCUUAGCCCAGGCUAUUUUCCAUAAGGUCCUUGAUAUGGAGCGUUACCAUCAGCUUGAAAUUAAAAAGAAACUGGAGACCUUAGCUAGAAAGGAGCGAAUUCAGAGAUUUAAGGGAGAGCCCACAAGAUGGUCUAUAGAAAAAAACAUGCCAGUGCUGUCUCCUCACCCCCCAGUGGGCCCAAAGACUAACCGUGGCCACAGUGUUCUGGUUGAUGAAGGACAUUCCAGUCCAAUAACAGUGACAGCCCCUCGACCACACACUGCCCCAGGAAUGAUGCAGCCUCCAAUUCGAUUACAGCCUCUUCCCAGUCAUCCUGCAGCAGGAACUGUUCCAAAGGUAACUCCAGGGUCCAGAUCCAAAACCUCACCGCCGGAAAAUGAAGCUCCAUUUCCUAUUGGGGGCAAGAAGGCAAUGAUGAAGCUCAGGAACUCCAUGGACAAUUCACAGGGAAUGAAACAGUAUCAACCUCUGAACAUUAACAGUUACAUGAUGCCUGUUCCUCCUCCACCUCCUUCCCCGAAUGGAAAAAUCACAAGGGAAAAUAGAUCUGAAACAUGGAGAAGGAGAAGAUUUCGGUCAAGCACUGCUCCAAAUGGCUUAGAACCAGUCUUUACCAGGGAUUCAAGAAGGAUUAAUAAAACACCACUGCAUAGUAAUGCAGUUAUUACAAUGAUCUAUUUGGGGAAGACUGUGCACUUACGUUAUAAUUACCCAGAAUUCCAGGAUGAAAUACAAGUUUAUCAACAACACUGUGGUGGAGAAAACCUUUGUGUCUACAGAGGCAAACUACUUGAAAAAGAGACCUUUCAGUUUAUUUCCAAAAGGCACCAUGGUUUCCCCUUCAGUCUCACCUUUUUCCUGAACGGGAUGCAGGUGAACAGGCUGAGCUCCUGCUGUGAAUAUAAGCAUCGGAAAGGUUCCAGACUUGGAGGCAAAGGAAGCUACUUUGGGUUCGUGUGUGUGGAGAGAUCAUCGCCUUGCUACAAGUGCAUUAUUGCAAUGGGCCUUGACAAAAAACCAACUUCGCCAAAACCUAGGAAACAAAAAAGUCUUGAGAAAAGAGAGGAACCAAAGGGCGAGGGGAAACUGAGGAAGGAUAGAGCAUACAUGGUCCCAAGAAGGAAUGAGAUGGAGGGGAGCAAAACCUCUUCAGUCUUUUUUUCAGCCGACGAAGAAAAAACAGGGGUUGAAGAUGUAAGAACUGCUGUAGAAGAAAUGGAACGUAAAGGAAAACAACAUGUUUGGGAAGAUGACCAGGAAAAUAUAUUUAAAUACGAAUAUGAAGAAGAUUUUGAAGUAGACGAGGAGAAACAAGAUGAGAAAGCUAAUAAAGAAGGACAGGCUGAUGAUCAAAUGAAUGAAAUGUCAAAGUCACCAUCAGAUGAUGAAAAAGAUAAUUUAGACCCUGAAAAGGACAGUGAAACCUCGUCACAGAAGGCACCAGAUGCUGAUGACAGUGUGAAAGAUGAGAGUGAUGGAUGCUCUGAUAGUGAAUUGGAAGAAGAUAAACAAGACAUAAAAACCGCAUCGUCCUCCUCGUGCAGAAGUCACCCCUACUCUAGCUGCAGUGAAGAUGAGUCUGUCCUGGAGGACAGGGAAGCACAUGCUGAAGACAGUGCAGACGAAAGUGUCAGAAGUUCAUCUUCUCAGGAGUUGAGUGAAAAUGAUGAGCCAGGAAAAUCACACCUUCCCACUGAGGAUUCCUUAGAAAUUGAAGAUCAAAAAAUCAUAAAAGCCAAUGUAGGGAUCAAGACUCUGCCAAGAGAGGAAAGCUUGGAGAACGUUCUUGAAGAAGAAACAGAAAAUAGAACCCAAGUGAUUGCAGAGGGCUUAUCUGAGGAGUCCCAGGAACAUGUUUCCAAGGAAGAAAAGAAAAAUUACAGGAAUAAGCUUUGGAAAGGAAGCACUGCUAAGGGGAAGGACAAAAAGGCAGGUCUCUGUAGGGUGGAGAAAGGUGUUGGACAGAUAUUAGGCGGAGCUGUGGAACCUGGCUGCCACUACCCCUGUGAUGCUGAGUCUGGUGUUAACAGCACAGAUGAGGAGGAGAAGCUCUUGACCAAGCUGGAGAUUGACACAGGUGCAGUACCAAACAGGAUUUUAGUGGCGGAAGAAAGCACAGCCCUCACUUCAAACAAAGAAUCCAAGCCAGUUGCAUCAGAAAUGUACACAGUGGAGAAAGAAGAAGCAGUGGAAGAAGAUGGGGCUCCCCAACACAGGGAUGCUGACACACUAGAAGAAAAAGGGGGUGUAACACUGGGGAGUAAAGCAGGGAUUAAUGAGAUUCCCUUGGGGGAGUGGAAGCCAACAGCAGAGCAGCCAGCUCUAGUAGCACUGUUUACUGGGGAAAGGGAGAGCCCUCAGGGCAUAGCAAGCAGGGCAGAGGCAGAAGGGGCUAGAGAGCUGGAUGAAGAGGGGUUAAAGCCAAUGGCAGAAGAAGCAGCAAGAGCCUCAGGAAGUCUGAAUGAAGAAGAGGCUCCUGAACAGCAGGCCUUGAUGCAGACAGUGCUGGAGACAGAGAAGGCAGCUUCUGAAGAGGAGCAGAGUUCGGAGAAGGUAGUGUUUGCCUGCAAGGCUGCAGCUCAGAACUCAGAGUGUGUUCAGGAGGUAGCAGCCCCGAGAGAGGCUGUGAUGCUGGAGAAGGGAGAGGCCGAGAGAGGGGUGGCGGUGAGUGAGGCAGGCUCUGAAAAGCCAGACAUGGAGGACAGUGAAGAGAAAGCAUCCAUAGAUCUAGGGGACAUGGCACCUGAGGAUGACACUGCAUUCGAGAGAGCAGAUGGUUCAGAAGAGGCAGUAUUUGGGGGCGAGGAACCAGCCAAAGCAAGGAAGACGGUUAUGAGAAUCGAAACACCUUUGAGCUCCUCCACUUCUGAGAAGGCCGAGGCCACCAGCAUGAGGAUUUCGGAGGAAAGCCUGGAAGAACUUUGUAAGAAAGCUGAGAAAAAGAAGGAUGUUGAGACUGAGGUAGAAUCUAAUAAGAAAGAUGAUAGGAAAGAAAUAUUACCUGAGGAAUUCGAUGCAGCAAGACAGAGGAGGAAAGCUGAGAGGCCAAGAACACCUCUGGGGGAAACUGAAUCUGAAAGAGAAGAGGUGACAAGGGCAAAAGCUCCUCAGGAUGAAGAUAUUUCAGCAGGAGAGCAAAAGUUUAAAGGGGAAGAGGGGGAAAUUGUGAAGGAAGUAAGACCCGUGGAAGAGACACCAGGCCCCCUAGAUGAAACAGAGUGUGAUGUUAAGAAUGCAGCACCCGUGGAGGGUCCUGAAUGGACUGAAGACACAGGCCCGCAAGGGGAUGAUUCACCGAGAGAGAGGGAGGUGGGCAUGCUUGAAGCAGCACCUGGAUUUGAAAAGUCACCGGAAAAUACAAUAGUUGUGAGGAAAGAGGAAGGAGGGGAAAGACUAAGAGAAGCUGGAGACACAGGGCAUAAAGGCAGAGCAGAGCUACUCUGCAGGGAGAAGGGGGAGAAGGCGACUCCCUCAGAUCAGGAUGGGGGGCCAAGCCCUGGGGGAGAGGGUGUGUUAGGAGCUCCUGAAAGUGACCCAGCAGGACAUGCCCAGGAGUGUGCAGCCAAAGAUCAAGAUGGCCUUACAGGACUGAAAAAGAGGGAAAAGGAAGGGUCUUUACAAGGGGGACAAGGAGUGGGGGCCCAAGAAGAUAUUUCUGAAGGAGAGUCCGUGAUGGUAGAAAAGUUAAGUGAGGAAGUGAUGGAUGAGGAGCCAGAGGAAGAGGUGGAUCAAGAGUGCUCUCUCGAGACAGGAGUGAUGAAGAAUGGGCACGAAGAGGGGGUUGGGAGCUUACAAGGAAGAAUGGUUGUGGCUAAAGAAGAUCUCCAGGAAGAAGGAGUGGCAGGAAUGGCUGAUGAGAAGAGAGAGGUGUUGGCAGAUUUGAAGACAGCUGAGGAAAAAACAGAAGCAAAUACAGCCUCCUCCCUUUCAGAUGUUGCUGAUGAGAAAACUUGGCACAAAGUGGAUGAGUUACUAGAAAAAACAGUGUCUGCAGAGAAGGUGGCAGCAGAGGAAAUAGCGCUGAGCAUGGAGAGGGUACCAGCAGCGGAGGAGGUGACCAUGAUUGGGGCAUCAGAGGCUGAGGUGGGGGCUCUAGGAGAACCUUCAGACCUGGAAGAGAAGGCCCCUCAGCUAGGGCCAGAUCAAAAGGAAGGGGAAGCAGGGAUGGGGAGCCCUGGUGGGGUGCAGGAGUCAGGCAAGUCUGAAGAUGUCAGACUGGGACUAUCCCAACAGACAGAGUCAGAGCUGAGUAGAGAGGGUCUACAGGCUGUGGAAAUACUCCCUGGAAAAGCCAAUUGCCCUGGAAUCCAAGAGAAGCAAGAGCACAAAGUGCAAAGAGAAAGUGAGAACACAGAUGUUUCCCUGAACAGCAAGAAGGCCUAAGAGACUGCAUGGCAGAUGGAUAUUUUAAAGAUGUUUUCUGGAAGACUUCAAGAAUGGAGAAAGAUUCACCCAAGCAUCUUGCCAGGACUUUAGAUUUUAUCUUUAUUAAGAAAACUCACUGUGCUUGUCUGAGCUGAUUCCCAGUGUGUCAUUCUGGUCAGAAGCACAGUAAGCACCUUGAGAAUACCUGGCAGAUCGUAGGACCCUCCUUAGGGGCAGUGGUUUCUAAUAAAGGACUCCGAGGCAGUCACACAUUCAACAUAGCUGAGACGUCUAUAUUCAAAUCAAAUUCAUAGGGUUCCAAUGCCUGACUUUUACCAAAGAUCACCUGAAAGGCCCAGUCCUGACAUCUAGGGUUUGUUUAAAUUCCUUUUUAUUUAUAAUCAAAUAUUACUCCCAGUUUCAUACAUGAGAGUUUUAUUUAAAAACUGUGGCUUGGGGCUUUAAUGACUCUGUCUGUGAAAAUGAGUUCUAAAGGUCCUUCUAUGUAUACUCAAUACUAAAGAUUGCGCCGAACCUGUAAAAUGAUCCCAUGCCAUGUAUAAUCACUUACAAAUAUUCAUUCCUUCUAUUUAUGCCAGAAGGGUGAUAUAAAUGGACAUAUUAUUUCAAAAUGCCCUUUGUUUUGUGUGUGUGUGUUUCUGUAGUUUUGCUUCUUGAGGUAGACUGGUAAAAGCUUGUGAGAUUUUGUCCUUGGGGGCUUUAUUUGUGGGGCUACUCAAAUUUUAAUCAUAGUAGUAAAUAAUUGAGCUGAGUGGAAUGAGUAACAAUAAUUAUAGCAGGUAAACCUUACACAUCAGCACAUAUACCAACAUUCUAGACUCUAGACUGUUUGGUUGGUGUCAUUCAAUAGAAAAGAAAGUUGGAUUAAAUUAGCGUGCUGCUCACCUUCCCAAGUUCUGUUAUUUCAAACCUGUGAACUAACCUUGGAGUGCAUUGUAAAUCAACAGUCACAGUCACUCUCUGAUUUACUCCCUGAUAUUGCUAGCAAUAGCUGUGUAUCUGUGUGCCUACUGGAGAUUUUGAUUUCCUUGAAGACGUCUUUGUUCAUAUACUGAUAGUCCAAAGGGCACAUAUGUCUGGCUAUCUUUUCUUCUCCACGUGAGGUGAAAGAAAAUGUCCUAAAGCAGUGAUUUUCUAGUUGGACUACACAUUAGACUUUCAUGAGACAUUUUCCUGAAUGCAUGAAUGAUUCAACCCCUGGUUCCACCCCAAAGAUUCAGAUUUAAUUAGUUUUAGAUGGGCGUAGGCAUCAGUUUUUUUUAAAAUCCGGUUGAUUCAACUAUGUAGUUAGAAUUGAGAACUGCUGCCCUAAAUCAUCUUAUAAUCCAUGCUGGCUGCCUCCAGUGAUUCUCAAAAUGUGAUCAAGAUAUCAGCAUCGCUUGGAACUGUCCCAAAUACGAAUUCCUGUCCUCAUGUUAUUCCUAUUAAAUUAGAAACUCUGUGGGUGGGGUCUAGCAAUGGGUGGUUUUUAACAAGCCUUCCAGGUAAUUCUGAUGUGCUCUAAUGUCUGAAAUGUGCUGUCAUGGACAAUUGAUUGAAUUGAGGAUUUUGUGUCAGUCAAAAAAUGGAUUGUAGAAGCAUUGUGAACUUUCUCUCUUUGUCUAUAUCUAUCUCUCUGUUGCUUUCUAUUUUUCUUUCUCUAGGAAAGGGUACUCACUAUAAAAAUGAUAAAUUCAACUUUAAACUCGUUUUUAUUAUGGCUGUAAUGACAUGUCUAUGAAGUUCUUCAGCCCCACCCCCUAUUGAGGAUGUGUCACUGAUGGCACAUCAUUGAUUUCUGUCCUCUGAGAGAAUUUCAUCUACAUUAUAUCUGAUUUCAUUGAUGACUGAGCUGCAUUACAAUGGAACUUUACAGUAUUUGUUCCUUGAUCUCAACCUCAAUGCUACAAAGCACUUUGAAUGCAUAGCACUUUAUGGGAAAGAUUGUAAACUUGUUAAUUCUAUUGAAGAAGGCACUGGGUACAAUGUGUUAAAUGGAAAUUGCAUUGGAUUAUUUUUAUAGUUAAUACAUUUCAUUGAAACAUUCUGUAACAUAAUUCUACAGUCUGCAUGUGGGUUUAACUGUGAAAUUCAGUAUUGUGAUAGUUUGACCAAAUGGAUCCUUUCUCAGCAAAUACUAUGUUGAUAAAAUUAUUUGUAUGUUCUAUUAAGCUGAUUUUUUCUAGUUUCAUUAUUAAAAUCAUAAAUAAACCAUAUA